CUCUCUCUCUCUCUCUCUCUCUCUCUCUCUCUCUCCACCUCGAGCUUAAAAUAGCAGUGAGGAUUUUCCGCGCGCUCAGACAGAGGUCAUACGAUCCUCGAGCUUCACGCGAACGAACCGGACCGAAACCGUUUGUUCAUCGGAACAGAUCGGCGUCGACUUCACCUUUUCAUCGUGUACCAGAUCAUGCGGGUGACCGCGCCAACACACGGACCCGAUGACGACCCGUGACUUCACCGGGACUCGCGAUGUCCAGCCCAACCGAGUCCGAGACGCGAGGGAUGUUCGCCCGCGCGCUCACCGGAUGCCUGCUGUGCGCACUGAUUCUCUGGACGCUGUUCGGGAACAUCCUGGUGUGCGCCGCGGUGUUCCGGUUCCGCCACUUGCGCACCAAAGUUACGAACACUUUCAUCGUGUCUCUGGCGGUCUCGGACCUGUUCGUGGCCGUGCUCGUCAUGCCGUGGAAGGCAGCGGCGGAGGUGGCCGGAUUCUGGCCGUUCGGCUCGUACUGCAACAUCUGGGUGGCGUUCGACAUCAUGUGCUGCACCGCGUCCAUCCUGAACCUGUGCGUCAUCAGCGUUGACCGCUACUGGGCCAUCAGCAGCCCGUUCCGCUACGAGCGCAAGAUGACCCAGCGCGUGGCGUUUGUGAUGAUCGGCGUGGCGUGGACUCUGUCCGUCCUUAUUUCGUUCAUUCCGGUCCAGCUGGAUUGGCACAAGGCGGCCGCGGAGACGAACGCGAGCGGCCCCGGAGACAACUGCGACUCGAGUCUGAACCGGGAGUACGCCAUCUCGUCCUCGCUCAUCAGCUUCUAUAUUCCCGUGGCGAUCAUGAUCGUCACUUACACGAGGAUCUACCGGAUCGCGCAGAUUCAGAUCCGGAGGAUCGCCUCGCUGGAGCGCGCGGCAGAGCGCGCGCAAAGUUGCCGGACCAACCGGCUCGCGUGCCAACACCACAACACGCUCAAAUGCUCCAUCAACCGGGAGACCAAACUUCUGAAGACUCUGUCCAUCAUCAUGGGCGUGUUCGUGUGCUGCUGGCUGCCCUUCUUCAUUCUCAACUGCGUUGUUCCGUUCUGCGACAAACCGACCGGCGCUCCGGGCUCGGGUCUCCCGUGCGUCAGCGAGACCACGUUCGACGUGUUCGUGUGGUUCGGCUGGACCAACUCCACCCUCAACCCCAUCAUUUACGCGUUCAACGCCGAGUUCCGCAAGGGUUUCGCCAGUCUGCUGGGCUGUCGGAACCGCUGCUCCGGUACUCCUGUGGAAACGAUCAACAUCAGCAACGAGCUCGUGUCCUAUAACCAGGACGCGCUGUUCCAUAAACAGAUCGCGAAGGCGUACAUCGACAUCAUACCCAAUGUUGUGGACUGUAUUGACGCCGAGGACGCUUUCGAUCGGAUCUCGCAGUUUUCUCACGAUAACGACGUUUGCUCGGACUCGGAGUGUGACGCGGACACGCGCGCGUCUUUCACUCCGAACGGAAUCCACGGGCCGACGUGAACUUUUGAGUUUUGAACGGGAUGCUGGAGCACGGCGUCAUCUGAAGACGCUCGUUUUGAAAUUAUAAAAGCAGAUAUCGACAUUCAACAACUGAUAUUGAUGAGACCUGCUGACUACUGUAACGGCACAACGCACGCAGAAUUUACACACACACACACACACACACACACACACACACACACACUGAUCAAUGACACACAACUGCUGGAGAGAUUCUUUUGCCUUACACCCAGUGCAAUAUGAAACACUAAUGAAGAUAAACUUUCAUCACAAAAUGCCAAAAACUGAAGUGGAGCGCAGACACACUUCAGCUGCGUGCCAGUCUUCGUUUCCUUUGACAGGAGCGUCUGCGCAGGCGCAACACUCCUGCAGUAUUACAACCAACAUGAGCUAAUAUCUUUUUAAAAACUGAUUAAUUUAUUUAAUUAAGAAAACAAUGAUGUGCUGCUGAUGUUUUUAUAAAUGAACUGGAGAGAAAGACAAACACUUUCAGUAUUGUGUGUGUUUACAGUGAAUGUGUGAAGAGAUGAUUUAUACGGUGAGACACAGACAGAUGUAAUGUUGUGUUGUGUUUCAUUACUGUAAGGUUUGUUGUUUACAAAAGCAAAGACCUUAGAUUUACUGUAACUGUGGCACUGACACCAUGAAACGGUUUCUAGACUUUGACAUUGUAAUAUUGUGUGUGUUUCACACACUGGAAUGUAAAAUAUCACGAUAGUCACGUUUUCAAUAAAAAGAUUGUUAAAGCA